CACCAACACCCUCUUUCUCCUAUUCUUCUUCUUAUUCUUCUUCAAAUAUAAUUAAUAUUUGUGUGAUCACUCACUAUACAACAAGUUUCACACAUCAACAAGAUGGAGGAGGUUCAAUUAGAGGAACAACAACAUCAACUUCUUGUUAAAGGCAAACGAAGCAAGCGGCCGCGGCCGCCUUAUUCGCCUUCGCCAUCACCACCACCACCACUUGAAUUUGCACCAAUCAUCCUCAAAAGAAACAACAACAACAUGAUGAUGAUGCCACCACCAACUACUAGUAAUAGUGCAACUACUAGUACAACAUUAGAUGAUGAAAACAUGGCUUAUUGUCUCAUUCUAUUGGCACAAGGACACCAUCAUCAUCAUCAUCAUCAUAAUAAAGCAUCAUCAUCAUCAUCAGCACCAUCAUCACAUCAUGAUGAUCAUCAUGAGAAAAAGAAUAUCUACCAAUGCAAGACGUGUAACAAAUCAUUCCCUUCAUCUCAAGCACUUGGUGGACAUAGAGCUAGCCACAAGAAAUUAUUAUUACCAAACAACAAAUCAAAGAGUAAUAAUAAUAAUGCUUAUGACCAUGAUCAUGAAUUAGAGGACCUCAACACAACAACAACAACAACAAAAACAACAAGCACCAUGCUCUCGUUGCAAGUAUCAUCAUCAAAUACCACAAUAAUAACAAAAAGAAUUAGUACUAAUAAUAAUAGUGCUAAUAAUAGUAGAAAAUGCAAGCUACAUGAAUGUUCUAUUUGUGGUGCUGGAUUCUCAUCCGGCCAAGCAUUAGGGGGUCAUAUGAGAAGGCAUAGAAAUUUUGAUGAAGGUGACAAAAACAAGAAACCAAGGAAUCAUUUUUUGAAGCUGGAUUUGAAUCUUCCAGCAUCACCGGAAGAUCAUGAUCAAAGAGAAUCAUCUAAGUUCCCAUUUCAAAUAAGGGAGAAAGUUAUUGUCUUCUCUUCUUCUGCACCUUCUUUGGUGGAUUGUCAUUACUGAAUUUAUUAGUCAAUU